AUGGAUGGUGAAGCUGUUGCGCGUUUUUUGGCCGAGCACCUUCCACUCUUCAGCGGUUCCGAAGGGUCCAUGCAAGCGACGCCCAGCCACGACACAGAAUGGCAUCGAGUGUAUUUCGUGGGCGACGGGCAGGCCAAAGUCGUGGUCAGCAUCCCGUCAUGGUUUGGAACGGAGGUCCUGAGCAAAACCCUAGCGGAAGAAGCCUUGGCUGGACUUGGUCCGCGUCAUUUAGCAACAUUGAGAUGCGAAGAUCAGGUCCUUCUGGUCAAUGAAUUUUUCGAAGGCGGCACAUUGAAACCCGCAGACUUGAACGCUGACGUCCUCGCAAAAGUUGGGUCUUUAUAUGCUCAGCUGCACCAGGUUGACAUUGCAUGGUUUGAUCCGGUGCGCCAGAAGCUACUGGAAGAGCAGGUGCUGUCAAGCUCGGAUUGCAACUGGGCUUUCUGUUUGUGGGUUCUUCCGCGCUUUUUGCGCCUGGUUCCCGAGGCCAACAAACAGGAAUUGCAAGCACAAGGCGUGGAUUGGGGCUACAUUGAGGCGGAGAUCAAAGGCUUGCCCACGUGUCCUGAACUUCCCGCUGGCGGUGUAACCACCCGCUGCGUCUGUGUUCAUGGCGAUGCUCACUUGGGCAACAUCAUGUGGCAUCAGGGCAAUCUCCGCCUCAUUGACUUCGACAUGACUGCACCCGGGCCAGCUGGUGCAGACCUCGCCUACAUUGCGCUGAUGUUGUUUCGCUGUGGUUUCAGUGUUGAUGCCAUCCUCGACAUCGACUCGCAACGACAGUUUGCGUCCGCAUAUUUGAAAGAGUCAGGCUCGCCGUCAACUGAUGGGGACGUUGACGCCUUUCUUUUGGACAUGCACCGGUGGUCCUACGUAGGCUUGUUGCAGAUGGGUCUGCUAUGCGCUGUUCUGAUGCACAAUGAAGGGAACCCAGGCAAGCGCGAGCUCAUGAAGCAAAGAGGGCCUGUAUUGUUACAUCCUAGGUUUUUAGCCAAGGCAAAAGAGGUGAUGCAAAUGGCUCCCUCAGACAAAAGCUUAGCAAAGCAGCUUUUGACGCAGGGCUUGUUCUUUACGACGGAGUCGGCUUGGCGUUCGUAG